AUGGGGCAUUUCCAUGCCCAUUUCCAGGCAAUAUCGAGUCUCCGUGUCCUUGUUUUACAAUCCAACAAAUUGCAUAGGGAAAUUAGAUGUCCGCAUAGUCCCAGCACUUGGCAAAUGCUUCAAAAUAUCGACCUAUCUUCCAACAAUUUCAGCGGCACAUUGCCUGUGAGUCUCCUCGCAUCUUUGGAGGCUGUGAAGGCCAAUGUAGACUUCAAUCUUUUUAUGUAUGAGUUAUUCCAAUUAAUGGAUAUCUAUUAUCAAGAUACAAUGGGUGUAACCUUCAAAGGUCUGAAGCUAGAACUCGUCAAGAUUUUGACUAUUUUCACGUUGAUUGACUUCUCGGCCAAUAGAUUGGAGGGUCCGAUACCAAACACACUUGGAGAUCUCAAAGCACUUUAUUUCCUCAACCUAUUGCAUAAUGCCAUCUCUGGUUCAAUUCCUCCUGUUUUAGGGAAUCUGGAUCAGCCAGAGUCGUUGGGCCUGUCAUGGAACUAUCUCAAUGGAACCAUACUUGCUCAGCUUGCAAAUCUUCAUUUCCUUUCGUUCCUGAACCUCUCAAAAAAUCGACUUGUGGGAAGCAUCCCGACUAGUCAACAGUUUCUCACGUUUUUCGAAAGUUCUUUGGAAGGAAACCUCAGAUUGCGUGGGCUUCCGCUCAACAAAAGUUGCUCAACUACAACGAAUGGGACAGAAGAAGCGAGUAGUGUUCCAACUCAAAGCAACAUAGAUGAUGACGAAGACAAUGAUGAUAGCAAGAAGUGA